AGCACGACUCCUCUCAAUGGAAGGCUUUGCCACAACGUUCUAUUUUUCAGCUUGGCACGAUGAGUUUUCUUCGGAAGAGGAAACAGAAGGUCUUGACCACACUCAGACAUUCCCAGUUGAGGAUUCAAGCUCUCCUAUACAACAACUCGAUAACUUAUCGGGUUACGAAUAUUUGGAUCAUACUGCUGAUGUGCAAAUUCACUGCUGGGGCAAUUCUUGGGAAACAGCUUUUGAAGCUGCAGGUUUGGCUUUAUUUGAUUAUAUGACAGAUUUGAGACAAGUUAAACCGGAUCCUGUCGUUGGCUCUGUUCCUAUUCGUGCACAAGGACACGAUUUAUACAGUCUCUUGUACAAAUUUUUGGAUGAAUGUCUUUUUCAAUAUGGUGCAAAUUAUAUUAUUCUUUGCCAGUUGAAAGUAACAAAUAUUCAAGUAGACAGUAAGUAAAGGUUUAGAACUAGUGGAGUUUAACCUCACACCGUUCUCUCUAUUAGAUAUAUUUCUCGUCGAUGCUGUUGGAAAAGGCGAAGUAUUUGAUCCACAACGACACUCGCAAGGCACAGAAAUCAAGGCAAUUACUUAUUCAGCUAUGCAA